AUGGCCUCUUGGUGCAGCGAGAAGACGCAAGUGUCUGGUGUGUUUAGCAUUUUCCUACGCCGACACCCCCCGCCCCCACGCUACGCCGUCGGCACCCGCCCCCACGCUACGCCGUCGGCACCCGCCCCCACGCUACGCCGUCGGCACCCGCCCCCACGCUACGCCGUCGGCACCCGCCCCCACGCUACGCCGUCGGCACCCGCCCCCACGCUACGCCGUCGGCACCCGCCCCCACGCUACGCCGUCGGCACCCGCCCCCACGCUACGCCGUCGGCACCCGCCCCCACGCUACGCCGUCGGCACCCGCCCCCACGCUACGCCGUCGGCACCCGCCCCCACGCUACGCCGUCGGCACCCGCCCCCACGCUACGCCGUCGGCACCCGCCCCCACGCUACGCCGUCGGCACCCGCCCCCACGCUACGCCGUCGGCACCCGCCCCCACGCUACGCCGUCGGCACCCGCCCCCACGCUACGCCGUCGGCACCCGCCCCCACGCUACGCCGUCGGCACCCGCCCCCACGCUACGCCGUCGGCACCCGCCCCCACGCUACGCCGUCGGCACCCGCCCCCACGCUACGCCGUCGGCACCCGCCCCCACGCUACGCCGUCGGCACCCGCCCCCACGCUACGCCGUCGGCACCCGCCCCCACGCUACGCCGUCGGCACCCGCCCCCACGCUACGCCGUCGGCACCCGCCCCCACGCUACGCCGUCGGCACCCGCCCCCACGCUACGCCGUCGGCACCCGCCCCCACGCUACGCCGUCGGCACCCGCCCCCACGCUACGCCGUCGGCACCCGCCCCCACGCUACGCCGUCGGCACCCGCCCCCACGCUACGCCGUCGGCACCCGCCCCCACGCUACGCCGUCGGCACCCGCCCCCACGCUACGCCGUCGGCACCCGCCCCCACGCUACGCCGUCGGCACCCGCCCCCACGCUACGCCGUCGGCACCCGCCCCCACGCUACGCCGUCGGCACCCGCCCCCACGCUACGCCGUCGGCACCCGCCCCCACGCUACGCCGUCGGCACCCGCCCCCACGCUACGCCGUCGGCACCCGCCCCCACGCUACGCCGUCGGCACCCGCCCCCACGCUACGCCGUCGGCACCCGCCCCCACGCUACGCCGUCGGCACCCGCCCCCACGCUACGCCGUCGGCACCCGCCCCCACGCUACGCCGUCGGCACCCGCCCCCACGCUACGCCGUCGGCACCCGCCCCCACGCUACGCCGUCGGCACCCGCCCCCACGCUACGCCGUCGGCACCCGCCCCCCACGCUACGCCGUCGGCACCCGCCCCCCACGCUACGCCGUCGGCACCCGCCCCCCACGCUACGCCCUGUGGGUUCGGGAGUAA